AUGGACGACCUGCUCGCUCUCAUUGGCUCCCAGGCAAUGAGAUAUGCCAUCAGGUCCGGCAUAGCUCUGACCUCACAGUACGCCAUCGGCCAGUGCGCGAGGCUCCUCAGGACUGUCGACGAUGAUGAUUCCACCUACUCGAAGCUCGUCCAUCUACAAACCCAUCUGGACAGCAAGAUCAAGGUCGUCGCCCCCACGAUUGAUCUCGUAGAAUUCAAGUCUGGUCGAGGCAACGUAUUUCUGGACUCAGCCCUACCUCUUACAAAAUCUCUGCACCGACAGAUCAUCGCCCUCGGCCAACGCGUAGAAGCCCUCGCCCUAGACCGUGAAACCGAUCAAGCCGCCAGCACGGCCAGCAGGGCCAGCAUGACCAUGGCAACGACCACAGCGACAAUGACGGCAACAACUGGGCGACCUAGAAAGGCCCAUAAUGCUGACAUGCAGAAAGUUAUCGCCGACAUUCAGGAGCUGCUAAACCGUCUGGAUAGGGAGAUACCCUUGCUACAACUGGCCAUCAGCGCCUCGGGGGAGAGUCUCUCCAGCUCUCUCCCCACAUUCAUCUCGCCGUCGAGGCUUCUACAGGCGAGCACGCUGCUUACUCUUGCGGAUAGCCAGUUCUCGCAGAACCCGACACACCCGAUACAGGUUGGACCGACAUUCGGCCUCUCUCUAUACAUGCUGUUCCUGAGCCAUACCAGAAGCGCCAGCAGCAGAUCAUGCGCUCCAUAUGGCUUGGGAAAAGGCCAGCAUAGGCCGAUAUGGCAGGAAGUUAUUCACAAGGCACGCGUGUCAAUCCGCAGGGCAGCCCGUACAACUCUCGAUGAAGAACCCGAGUACUCCUACUACCUUAACAUCUUCGAAGAUCAAGACGAUGGGCGGGUUCAUGAAGAAGAAGAGAGCGGCAGUACGCUACGUGAAGGAGAGGCCCCGAUGAUUGAGGAAUAUAUUCCCCUCCAUCAGAUUUCAAAGCUCUUCUACACGGACAGCGGUAGGCUUCUCAACCUCGGGUCCGAUGGAUCUGGAGCUGAUGGGAAGAACCCCGUUCUCCUACUGAAACGUGAUGUGAACUCCUCGCCAAGCGUCUCAACCACAGACAUGGUUGCUUCGUACAAUUCUGCAGAAAGACAGGACCAGGAAUGCCAACAAGAUCUACAGGAUGAAAUAGACCGACAGAUCCACGAGGAAAUACUCGAGAGAAGUAGCUCGCCAAUUACGGCAGCCAAGCACAACCAAGGUGGUUUCCCCCUUCACCUCGACCCAGAAUGGAUAGCAGUGGAAAUGUACCAGGAAGACAUCGAGGACGAUGACGAGAGCGUUCCUGCCGCGGAUGGACCCAGGAAUGGCACAUCUGCCGAGGCAACAUCUGCCUUGUCAGGUUACGAUAGCGAUGGCCCAUCCGGAAUUUCCGGGGUAGAAGCACAGAUUGAAAGUCUGACCAUCCAGGAGCCGGAACCUCGUGGUUCUCCGAAAGACGCUGCUGGUGAUGGCGGCACUGUGGCCAAAACCCCCUUUGGAGCAAUCACGACAUCCCUGUCGCUCAUAGAGAUGCUCAUCCGCCUGGCUAGUCUCCAGGAGUUUCAGCAAACGUCGCACCUUUCCAUACCCGACCACGUCAUGGCAUUUUUUCUAGAGGAGACAUCCACAACGGGCCUAGUGGGUGAGGCACACAGGAGGGCGUGCGCAGAGGCCGAGAAGAAGGUUGGCUUUGAUCCUUACUCCAACGGUGUAGCGUAA